GGAGCGCACGAUUCGAGAGCGAGCGGGGGCUGCAAGGCGGGGCUAAAGGAAGUCGGCGGAACGGGAAACGGGAAACGAUGGGCACCAACAAGUUUUCGAGUUAUGAGCUAGAAAUAUAGUUCCCAAUAUCUUGAGGUGGAACGAAAGGAUAAAAUGAGACUCCGUUCGAAGAGAACCGUGGCGCCCUACACCGAAACGCCGCGAAAAACCCGCCAGCGGUGUCGCAGCAAUGCCACACCAACAAUGAGACGAACUCGUCUGUCGGUACCAGAAAAAGCAUUAGAAGACAAGGUUGAGGAGAGGUGUGAUGCUGAACAUGUCCCCACAAUGACGAGGCGCCUGCUGCCCCGUGGGCGGCCAAGAAAAAGAGCAAUUGCUGCAGAUGACAAAGAAACAGAUUCCUCCUUCAAGACACCACUUCGGUCCACUUUGCGCCAUGAGCACAUACUUUCUGAGAUGGACCCAGUCUCUCCUCAUAAUUCAGCAGCCAGGAAAAGCUCCACCCCCAUUGUUCGAUUCCUCACGCCUAGUAAAGAGAAUUACAGUAGUCCAGUAAGAAGUGUGAUGCUGAGCCCAGAGCAAGGGGUGUUUGGUUAUGGCUCCAUUGACCUGAUGGGAGAUGAUGAUGACCACAUCUUUAGUCCCUUCACUUUCAUCAAGAAUCUUCCAUCACGGUCACAGUAUUCCCAGCCCAGACUUCCAGACAUCCCUCCUAAGACCAGAAGCACCCCAGAGGCCACGCUUGUGCUUGACUUGGAGGAAACGUUGAUGUUCAGCUCUCUGAAUAUGAUUGACAAUGCUGAAUACACUUUCCAAACAGUUUUUCAGGAUCAUCAGUACAAGGUUUACAUGAUCCUACGACCACAUGUGAAGGAGUUCCUGCAAUCUGUGGCAAAAGCAUACGAGCUCUUUAUUUACACCUGUGCAAAGAAGGAAUACGCUGAGAAGAUUCUGGACAUCCUGGACCCUCAACGGAAACUCUUCCGCCACCGUCUCUAUCAGGAUGACUGCACCUGUGUCCUCGGCCACUACAUCAAAGAUCUCAGCAUCCUGGGGAGAGAUCUCUCCAAGAUUGUGGUUUUGGACAACGCACCCCACACCUACCCCUAUCAUUUGAUGAACACUCUUCCUAUCAAGAGUUGGUCUGGUGAGUUAGAUGACAGAGAACUCCAGAAGCUCAUCCCCUACAUGGAGAAACUGUCUGCAGUGGAGGAUUUUCGGGAGGUGCUGAAGAAGAGGAAGGAUCACUUCCACCGACUGCUGUCGGAGGACUGACAUGACCAACCCCCACCACCCACCACCUACUACCCAAAGUGCACCACUUUUACUAUUCUGCUUGACUAGCAGCAUGUUUGCAUUCUUGUUGCUUACCUUCUAAGUAGAAUUCUGUUAAGUGGUGGUGGACCUGCACGCUUUGUCUCUCCGGUUUGUUUUUAAGGUAACUCAUCCAUAAUUUAAUCUUGCUGCUCAUUUUUUUCGCACCACAUUUCUCUUGAUUCAUUCCACGGGGUAAUGGACCCAGAGAAGAAAUUUGAAUUGUAAAUAAUUGUCCCUUAUUUAUUGUUUUGGCAAAACUGUUUAAUUUUGUUUUAAUAGAAUAAAACAAACGUUACAGUGGGAAAA